CGCUUUUGUUUGCGCGCAAGGCUUGCGAGAGGGGCAGACCCUGUUCGCUCCUUGCUCCGGCGAGGGAUUCCUCUGCAAGGUCAUCCUUUUGCUUCUGCUGGUGCUGCGGCUGAUUCCUGCUGGCUGCUGACAAGGCUGUUGUGGGGAAGAUUCUCCAGUACCCCUACCUCCAGCAGAACACUGAGAGUCCCUGGACAAAUCUGACUGGCACUUGUAGCAUUUUGCAUUUCCAUGGGGACUGUACCAGAUCCUCUGAGGUCUGCCAAGCUUUCGUUGGUCACAGCUUGUGAGGAGGAGAACGGCCUGACAGAGCUGCAGUCUCCUAAACACCAGCACAAGCCAGCAAGCAUAGAGAGGAGCAGUAAUGGCUAUCCAUUUUCUGCCAAGAUGCAGCCUGCUGGAGAGCACCUGUUUGAACUGAAGUAUGCAACAGAAGCUGACAUUCCAAGGGGUGAGCGGCACUGUGGGUAUGACAUGAACCGCCCCAGCAUGCUUUCUCCUGGGUCCUUGAGCCACUCCAAGAUAGGCCGUCCAGCACCCCUGGAGCCAGUGAACAACUCUGAGCAAGAAGCCAACCGUGGCACCAAAGGGCAGCUCCCAGCAGAUGCCAGUUCCUCAGUGCAAGCUGCAGUCAAGGUUCCUGCUAGGCAGGAGGCUACCCAGACUGUGCAAAGUGAUGCUUAUGGUGGCAUUGGUCCGGCAAGUUCUCCCUCCGGAGGUGGCAUGGUGAGUAAGCCCCAUGAUGAUCCUCCUCCUGCUCCAACUCCUCUGAAAGCCCAGCAGCCCACCCCAGCACCAGAGGAGAUGAUGGACGAACUGGUUGGUCCCAGGAAAACUCAAGCACCUGCUUCAGUGAAGGAAUUGGAACCUGUUUCUGAUCUUGACUCAAAAGCACCUGCCUGUUUGGACACAGACUUAAAGGGAACAAAGAAUACAAGUCCCGCCCCAAGUGCUUGGACUGGGCCAGAGAUGGAGCCCAAGUCCAGCCUUGAGAGCCCACCAAGGCCUUUAUCCAGUGAUGAGAUGGUGGAGAGGGCCAUGCCAGAGCCGUCCAAGUUCAGAGACACUGGGACAAUGACUGUGCAGCCUGAAGGCAAGCUAGUGAUGAGCAGGAGCUGCCAAGAUGCCGAGGUCCAGGCUGUAGCAAGUGUAGAAAGCAAAUCAGCUUCCACCAGCCCAAGUAUCUUGGCAGCCUACUUAAGAGAAAGCAUGCCUGCUGAGCCAAAGGAAAAGCAAGAGCAGUUAGAAAUCAUCUACACAGAAGCUGGAGGGAAGGAACCAUCCAUCCUGCCUGAAGUGUGUAUUCAAGCACCAGCUGCAGUGGAUGGAUGGCAGGGAGUCCAGGCUGUUGGAUUUCAGGACAACCUGGCAGGCAGGGCUGAUAUAGUCCACACAGCUUUGCUGGUCAACACAGAGCAUCCAUGCCCACCGGCAUCUGGGACUCCUCAAGAAACAUCAGUGCAGAGGACAGAAGUACAAAUAGCAGACAUGACUAGAAGCCACAGUGAUGUUCCUCAGCCACUCUUAGAUAGUUCAGUUCUGCUGAGGACAAGACCUGCUCACCAAGCUACUAUCAGUGCCAGUAAUCAGCCUGCGGCUUCCCCACAUCCUCCAGACAAUGAAAGCAAGCUACCUCCAUGUUCUUCCUUCUCAGAAAGCAACCCUCAAUAUCAGCAGCUUGGGUCCUCUCCUAGGGACAAUCAACAGGCGUCCCCACUGUGUCGCGUAGGAUCUGAACAAGCCAAGGCUGUAAUCAUCACUGUUGGUGCUCACGGAAGUAAUCAAGUGGAGCAGCUGCCAGCCAAGACUCCUAAUGACUUUGAGAUAAGCCCAGAUAGUCUCAUGGAUGUAAAACCAAAGAAGGAAGGCACGUUCAUCCAUCUUGGCCUUAAAGAGCAAGAGGCAAGUAAUACAGGGGUAGAUCCUGGGCCCCAGAAAAUGUGUGCUCGAGUUGCAGUGCAGAAAGAGCAGACUGCAUUCCCAGCAGCUAACCAAGAAGCAGUAGUAGUUGACAGACACCAUCUGCCCAUUGACCUAGAGUCUGAGUUGGGCAGAAAUCCUGUCCCUUGCCCAGGAACCCAGAACAAUGAGACUAGGAAAGGACCAGAACUUGAUCUACCAGCACCUCCUGACUCUGGCAAACCUGUCCCAAGCCUUGGUGGAAACAAGGAAGAAUCCAUGCCUGCUACCGAGGCCAAAGUGCAGCUGAAGCACUCUAAGCAUGUCAGGGACGUCGUAUGGGAUGAACAAGGCAUGACCUGGGAGGUUUAUGGGGCAUCCCUAGACCCCGAAUCAUUGGGGAUUGCUAUCCAGAACCACUUGCAGAGGCAGAUCAGAGAACAUGAAAAACUAAUUAAGGCACAGAGCACCCAGACCCGUAAAUCCAUUUCUUCAGAUACAUCUUCGAAUAAAAAACUGAAAGGGAGGCAUCACAACGUUUUCCAGUCCAUGCUGCAGAAUUUUCGACGCCCAAAUUGCUGUGUUCGCCCUGCUGCUUCUUCUGUGUUGGAUUGAAAGAUUGCAAAUUGCGGGUGGGAAGGUGAUGCAAGUCCAUUCGUAGCCAUUUGUAAAAACGUACAUGGGAAUCCAUAGAAAAUAAGACCUGAAGCUCAGCAUUGUUGCUUGGAUCUGAUGCAGUCACUGGGGAAGGCCGUGUGUGUGUGGGUGGGUGGCAGGAGAUGGGGUGCAAGGGCAAGAAGAGAGAAUGAAAGGGUGUAAAUCGUAUUCCCAGUAGCCAUGGCAUCUUAGCUGUCUUAUUUCAGCAAAUGGCAUGUGCAUCUUUUAUGUUCACAUAGAAGCCACUAACCCUGGUCUGUGGCUUAAUGAAAAUAUAAGCACUUAAUGAAGCACAAUUUCUAAAAUGUCCCAUUUACUGCAGCAAGCCCUGUCAACUUUAUAGGCAGAAUGGAGGGAGGGGAUCAGAUCCUUUAAAAAAAGUUGUUGAUCAAUUAUACAGGGCAUUUUAAAUAAUGUAGAUAAGGAAAAUUUCAAGAGCUGUGAGAUAAUCUAGCGGAUAUUCCAAAGGGGGGGGGGGCACGCACGUAUUCACAUAUAUAUAAUUUGGAGAACCUGGGUUGAGUUGAUAGUGAAAGAGAGCUGCUUUUUCUUACAUUCAUAAAUCCUGUGAGGGAUCUUUAAGAGAAGUAAGAAGAUACUUCUGUUGUUUUACUAAAUAUAACUCCAGCAGGAUAACCUUCCCAUCUGGGGCUAUCCAGAUGUGCUUGACUGUAGCUCCUAGAAUGUCGAGAACCAGGCAAGCUAUAAUUCCCAAAUCUGCUGACUGGGAUUUAUGGGAAUUGUAGUCCAGCAAAUCUUGAAGGAACAAAAUUGGAGGAGGCUGCCAUGGACUAGAAUUCCAAGUAUAAGGCUUAACCAGAGGAGGAAGUCCUUUUGCCCUUUGACUCACAUAAAACAGAAUUGGAGCUCUUGUCCCAAGGCUUUAUCUAAUGCACAAUUAGGUUGGCUCAAAGAGCUAUUAACUGUGUUACACUGUAGGCCUCGGGAAGCCUCGGGUGCUUAGGACUGGAGCAUGAGGGAUUUAUGUUGUGAAAUGCUGUCCUUUUAAGUAGCUCUUCCCCCUCAUCAGACAGCAGAGAAAGAGUUAGGAUUUUCCAUAACACAUGAAAAUGUAGAGAAGAUUAGAAAGAUGAAAGAUGCUGCGUCACUCUUUUUAAAGUCUAUUCAUGCUCAUUGACACUUCUAGCCUAUAGAAGGAGAUAGUAGCUUCCCCGAGACACAGUUGUUGUUGCGUGCUCACUUCCUGCCAGCUGCUGGGGAGGCAGGGGGAGAAAUGGGCAAAGGAAGACCUUGUUAAAAUCAAUGUGCUGUGAUUCAUGACACCAUACAUUGUCAUGGAGAGCAUUUGAAUUCUCUUUCUUCUGGAAAUAAAAGGCUUUAUGGCACAAUCCUAUGCAUGCUGAGAGAGAGAAAAGCCCUACAAUUCCCAGCAUUCACCAGUCAGCCUUGUAGGUCUUCUUUCUGGCUAAGGAUGUGUAGAAUUGCACCUUUGUUGCACAUUCUAGAGCAUGGUACAUAACGUGACUCCCGUGGGCAUCUGGGUAUCCCCAGACAUGUUUUGGCUCUCUCCAAGACCCUCUCCCACAUACACUUAUUUUCUUAAUAUGUUUUCUUACUGGCAUCAGGAAUGGCUAUGUGAUAGGUUUGUGUUGUACUGAAAAUUGUGGGUUCAGAGCAGCUCCUUAGCCUGUUGGGCUCAGACCAUCCCACUGCCUUGGGACAGGAUUCUUAUCCUUUCCAGUGCCUACCCUGGAUGCCCCUUUGGCAUGAUGCCCAGGGCUAUUUCUCAAAUUGCCAAGUGGGCCCACAGUCCAGAAAAGAAGUGCCAAACCCAGUGCUAGUGUGCAGAUGGAGAACUGUGGCUCUCCAAAUGUUAGACUGCAGUGUCCAUAAUCCCUGACCUGGGAGCAUAGCUUAUCCACCCCUGUUCUGGAACAGGUUCUCGAUAGUGAGGUGUACAUCCCUAGAGAUCCAUUCUAGAGAAACUAAGACCACUUGCCAGAGAUGAGCAUUGCUCUGGCUUCCGAAUGUGAGUUCCAUCUGGUCCUAGAGUGCCAAUCCAUACCCAUCCAACUAGUGCUAGUGAGAAACCUUGCCUUGACCCAGUGUUGCCUGACAGCACUAGGGGGCAAUAGGACCACGUGGUUGCACUUUUCUCUAGUAUUGUGUUCCUUGCAGAUGCAACCAAAGAAAAUAGCUGCUUCUAUUCUAACCACCAUCUUUGCCCAGGGUGGCCAUUUAACACUUCACCAAGAAAAGAGGAAGUGUACAGCCAAAUAAGAAGACAAAUUAGAAUGCUUUUUGCAUAAAACUUGGCUAGGCAAAUUUGUAGAUACAUGUGUCAAGUGCUGUAACUUAUACAGAAUUACAAUACAUACCAAUGCAUACCAUUCUCUACCAUGCAUAGUAGAGAAAAUUGCCAUCCCUGCACCUUCUUAGUCUGCUGUUUGGGUGCUGUCAGCUGUUGAUAUGUAAUUCAACUCCCUUUUCAAUUCCCUAGCUCUCCCAUUUUACAAUGCUUUAGUCUUUAAACUGGAUUUGGACCAGGAAGUCAUUCAAAUGGAGGAGAUCUUCGAGGAUGGACCUUAGGAAGGCCACAUGGCCAACUUAAUUCUGUCUUUUUGGCCUGUUUUGUUCUUUAAGUCAAAGGCAAAUGUGAGCAUCCCUUCUGAUACUAUCUUAGCAGCACAGAUCCACUGCUUCAUCCUCGUUUUCCCAUUUCAGGAAAGUCAGAAGCUCCAGGGCACAUUGGAAGAGCCUGUGAUGUGGUUUCUAGCAACACAGGAGUUCCCUUGCUAUCUGGAAGGAAUGAUUUGAGGAUCCGCUCUCACUUCAUUAUUUCAGAAUAGCAUAGAAAGGACACAUACUUUAGGGAGUAGUCUUCCCUCAAGAGUAACUUUUGAAGAGGGUAUCAGCUGGACUCAGCAGGAUUUAAACAGUUUUUCUUGUUAGAAAAAAGCUCAACAGCCCAGCUCUGAGAACCUCUUACUGACACUGAUCAAUUUUUUAAAAAUCGAUUCCAAAUUACUCCCCUUUCUGCUAACUACUCCCUUUUUCCUUGUGAUGCACCCAGCUGGAAGGCUCAGUAGAUUAAUUGUUUUGUAACUCCAGUUGCAUAACUGGCACUUUAUAGAUCUGGAAGCUAGACUAAGAAAGAAAAAUGAGGGGGAAGGGAAAUCAUAGUUUUCAGAUAAAGUUUCAGCUUUCAUCUAACUUUUCACCUCAGAAAAGCAAAAGCCACCCUCAAAGUGCAAGGCUGUACAAUCAACAAGCUCACUAGAAAGGUCAGUGGUACAUACGUACUACAGCAAUGCUUGCUCAAGUUCGGAUAAUUCCACUCUUCUGUGACAACAUCAGCCAUUCUACUAGAGCCGCCUUUAAAGUAAUGGUUUCAUCUAUUGCAAGGCUCCAGAAGUGACCAUCUGACUCCAAGUCUUCUCCCCCCCCCCCCGCCCCAUCUUCAUAACAAGUUCUUUAAGCAAAGCCUGAAUAGCCAGAUCUGCUUCUACAUAAAUUACCUAUCUUUUUUCUUUAAAAGGCAAAACAAUUGACCAUAGUAGGAUAAUAGAAAUUCAUUUGGAAUAUAUUUGGUAAAACACAGACCCUUAAGAAACAACUGUAAAUCAAUUAAACUUAACUUUCAGAAUUCUGAACCAACACAGGCCACCUGCCAGUGAAAUAUAAACCACUGGCAAAAUACUCUCCGGGGCAGAUUUGGGGGCUGCAGGGGAACAUCCUGUUGUUUAGAUGGACAUCUAAUCCCUUAGAAAUUGGUUGUCCCCCAGAAAAUGUCAGACUGAACCUGCAUAAACCCAAAUUUCACUGCUUGGGAUUUCAGUGACAUCACUGGUUGGUUGUAGCAUUGCCUGAUAGUCUGCCUGGUCCUCCCUUUGACAGCCGAGACAACCAAGAACAUUGACCAGGCAAGACUACACAUCCUGGAUCGCCGGAAGCAUAUGCUUGCAAAGGGCUAACAAAAUGUAAAAAAAAAAAAAAUCCAUUUUACAUGAGCCUAACAAGUGCUUUAGUGCUUGUUUGCACUUUAGUGCAAACUAAAGCUUUAGUUUGCGCUUUUUUCAGGCUCCCAAAAAAUAAAAACAAAAUAGCGGCAAAUACAAAAGGAUAACAAUCAGAGCAAGAAGGAGAAGGGAAGAUGGUUCUGCCACUAUGUUUCUGGGUUAUCGGUAGAUCCACCUGGAAGAUUGAGGGGGAAAGCAGUAGAGAACAAUCCAUGAUGAGCCCACAUGUCUGGCAGGAGUACCAUGGGUUGUUCAGCAAAAAAAAACCCCACCAUGACUUAUUCACAAGGUGGCUUAGUUUGGUGUGUGAACCAUAAUGCUAGGAACUGGUUUCCUGCAAGGUUGCCAGUUCUCCAACCUCUCCUUGAAAGGUUUGCUUUAAGCAAAAGCAGAAAAAGAAACCCCAAGUCCCUUAAAAACAACCAUUGCAUUUUUUAAAGAGCCAAGCAUUCAUCUUUGUAUUUGAGACAGAUAUUAUCUGCAUAAUCUUUGGAAAUGUUUGCACAGUCUAGCAGUAAGAACUCAUGUCUGUCAAUAGUUACUUAGGUGCCUGUAGGUGGAACUGAGAAAAACAAGCUAAAGGAAGCAGGUUUGUGUUAAGCUUAAAGGAAGGCUACAGUCAUAUAUCUGCCCUUAAACCAGAAAAGCCAUGCUUAAAGCUGAAAUUCCGUGGACACUUAAAUGGAAGUAGGUCCCAUUGAACUCAGUUGGGCUUGUUUGUAUGUAAAUAUGCAGAGGAUCAUAUGCUAAAUUCUAUUGAAAUCAACAAGGCAUGCCCAUAAUUUCAAUAGGAUUUAAGCACAACCUGCUACAAGAUCUGCUAUAAGCCAGAUGUGGGACCAAAAUGAUUCCCUAUCAAAAUCACUGAUUUAUUCAGUAGUUGAUCUAGCAUCCUAAUCCUAAGCAGUUGCAUACCUGGCCAUCAAUAUCAGUGCAUUGCUUCAGCCAAACUCCAGAUUUAAAAAAAUAACUUUAAACACCUUAACAUUAAAUUCCAGAGGAACAGGGUUCCUGUUGAACACCAGGAGAAACAUCUGUGGACACCACACCCAAUCCUGUAGCAUCACUGUAAAUCUUAGGUUUUGUGGAGAUUUUUGUUUGCUUGUUUUGGAAGUGCUGGUCAAAAUCGUUCCAGAGAGAGAAAUGCAAGCAAGCCUUAACCUACCCCAACAAAAGUGAGUUUCAUAAGGUCUCCUGACCUUUGCCUGUGUUUGUUGUGCAGUGUACUAAACAAAAAGUGGUUGAUAAAAUGUCUCCUUUCCUAAAUACUUACGUGCUGAAGAAGCAUGGCUUAGGACUGGACCACAGGGUGAUAUUAAAGCAGGUCAGUAGAAGACAGUGGUAGCUAAUUGGCUGUCUAGUGCCAGCUCCAACUCUUGGGCUAGGGCUAGUGAAUUCACCUUUUAUCUGCUCGAAGGGCAAGUGUAAGCAAAGUCCUUUAGCUCCAGGAAAUCUCACAGCCAACCUCAGGUGAAAUACACUGUUCGUGCCAAUCAUUUUUAUUCCUCCCAAGGUAAACCAGGAUAUCCGUAUGGGGCUUCUGCCUCUGCUAAUGCAUAAGGGGACAGGGCUGGCCAAUCCAGCUCUUAAUUUGUCUUUGUUUAGGUUUAGCGUCUGUCUCCUCUCACAUCUCACCUUGCUUCUAAUUCACUCCUGGUUAAUAUGUGAACUGCCACAUUAGAAGAUUUAUUCUGUAGCUGCUGGGUGAUGAAAGAAAUCUGUACAAUGUUUACUCCCUUCCUGUUAUUGUCCAUAAUGUGAACUUUGUGUGGAUUGUUUGAAUGGUAGUAAAUGUUGUUGGUAUUGUUAGGUAAGAGCUGGUGCCAUUUGGCUUCUCUUACUGACUUUAGUCUUUCUCUGUUGGCACCAAAGUGUGUUCCCCUCUUGGCAUGUUGGGUUCGCAGCUCCCUCCAUGUUCAGAUGAGCUACAGUUCCUUGAUGUUUAUUCUUGUGCCUUCAGAUACCUUGUUUCUGCCCAAAUUGUCUUCGCAGUUUGCAAAGUGAUGUCCAUUAAGGAGUCUGCUACAUUUCUUCCACUCUUUUCUGCUCCUCAUGAACUUAGAACUUUGAGUAUUCUGAAUCUGAAGAGAUUUUUUGAGGGGAUAUAUUAAAAUUAUGUGAUCGUGAACUGUUCAUAAUGUGUUGGAAGAAAACAGGGAAUAACCAGCAAAGAAAAACCUUCAUGUUUAAGUGGACUUUGAAGUUCAUGAGGAAAAAAAACUGGGUCUCUUCCCCUGCCCCCGUACCUCACACACACACUGUCAUUUACAAGAAACCUUUCAAUAGUGGAUGAAGCCAAUCAUGAUAAUAGACAUAGACAAAAACAACGGAAGCUUUCUGCUUUGUGGAGAAACUGUGAGCUCCGUCUUGACGUUCUACAGCAGCUUUCCGCUGAGGAAUUCAACUCGCCUCUCCUCCCAGCUGACUUAAUGCCUCUAAUUAUAGUGUUUCCAAUACAUAUCAGUAGAUAGUUUAAAAAACUGAAAAUAAUGAGGGAAAGAUAAGGCUUCCAGCAGUGGACAGAGGUGUGAUUAGAGUGCAGCUAUGGUACAGCUUUCUCUUUUUGAAAGUUUAACAUAAAAAUUGGGACGAAUAGUGAAUACAAUACAUUGGGCACAUAAGGCUGCCGAAACGCAUUUGCAGUCAAGCAAUAAUGUGCCGUCUGUUCUCCUUUCCCCUCACCUCCCAAAAAGGUCCAAAACACCAGCACAUUUCAUGUUAUGAAGUAUUCUUUGUUUUUUAAGACUUUGCUAGGGCAGAAUGUAAGCAGCUUUAACUGCCAACAGUGAUUCCAGUGGCAUCUUGGUUAAAGGCCUUUUUAGGGUGAUUUCAAGCAUGUUCUAAAAUGGGUGGGCAGCUAGUGGCCCUCCAGAAAGCUUGGUCUAUGCACACUAUUGCAUACCGUUGGAUAUGCUGGGUAGAGCUUAUGACCUAUGGUAGUCAAGACACCCGGAAGGCCACGAGUUGCCCAUCCUGCUUUCUAAGAAACUACCAGUUCUGCCAAAACCAAGUAGGACCCCAGGGCUUAGAAGAUCAUUGGAAUGGUUCUCCGCAGGAGAUAAUGCUUGCAGCCAUUAAAAUUGUGUUCAGAUUGUUUAAACGGAUCAAUGGGUAAUGGAAAGACAUGCUAAAUGAAUAAAAGGGAAUUCAAAUUUGAAGCAAGAUGUUGUGAAUCUGUUUACUAUUAAAGAUGAUGGUCUAGGGUUGUACAUCAAAUUGGUGUCCUGCCCUACCCCCACAGAAAUCAGAGUGGAAUGUUUGGAAUUAUUAUUACAUUGAAUUGAUCGCCUGCCUUCCUUCUUGCAAGCGACCCAAGGUGACUUACAAGGUUCAUCACCAACAACAACCCUGUGAGGUAGAUUAGCCUGAGAGUGAGUGGCUUCAAGUGACCCAGGGAACCUCAUGUCCAACACUCUGACAGCCACACUGGCCCUCCUCUGUGUGUUAGUGUCUUCUCCAUAUGGCAGACUGGCUGAGCCCACAACAUCAGUUGAGUUCCACAGCCAAGAGAGGGAGAUGCAGUCAGGUCAAGACCGCAACUGGUUCCUUCUGUCAUCUUUCCACCCACAGUACCAUUCAGCAUGAGUCCCUGUGCCCUGCUUUUACUGAAAGCUUGGUGAUUCCCUGUCUCUGGUCACCAAGCUUCCCGAUUUCACAUACUUGGGUAGUAAUACUGUAUGGUGGGAGGAUUGAUUAUUUAUUUAUUUAUUAUAUUUAUAUGCCCUUUAACAUACUAAAAUCUCUAAGUGGUUUACAGAGAAAACACAUAUGUAAUACAACCUAAAAUAGUUAAAAAAUAAUACACAAUUUAAAACUUGGAGCAAAAACUAUCAACAGCAAAUAACUGUCAUUGUCAGGCAAAGUCCAUUUAAAGAAGUAUGUUUUCAAAAGGUGUCUGAAACUUGCUGUUCAGCCUGUCAAGCCACAUACGGGUGGCAGUUCAGAGAGUGGGUGCCGCUGUUGAGAAGGCCCUGCUUUUGUGAUAUUACUGGGCAACACUCUGAAGGUCCCAAGUUUUCUUGCCACUUUUCCAGAACAGGAUAAAGGAGGGACAGGAACAUAAUGGCAUCAUCACAGGCCCCCAUGCGAUAGCAGAACUGUAGAUCUGGGGUGAUCCAGCACAUCUGCUCUAAAGUGGGUAGAAAUUGGCUUCUGUGGGAGCAUCAUGCAUAGCCCAAGAAUAAAAAUUUAAACUGUUCUUAAAGCAUGUAUUUCAGGAACAUUGGCUGCUAGACACAGUGGGUUCACAUUACUGUCUUACCAGUUGCUGUGGAGGAUGGGUAUGGGUGUCUUUGCCCUCAGAUCCUGCUUGUGGGCUUCCCCCAGGCAGCUGAUGGGCUAUCAUAGGAACAACAAGCUGGUCUAAUUGGCCUUAGAUCUGAUUUGGCAGAGCUGUUCUUAUGUUUUAACAAUAGAGUUCUUUUUUAUGUAUUUGGGAGAGAUUGAUAUUCUGCCAUUCCAUCAAAUGUCAAAGGCAGCUUCCCGACAGCGAUAAAAACCUAAAAAUAAUAAAGCAUCUAUGGUAAGAGAGGUGGCUGAUCAAUUCACCAGUUUUAAGGGAUUUUGAGACUUCAAAAAAUGCUGGAGACCUUUAAAAUCCUUGCAUCCACAGGCCAAAUGCCAGACAGAAAAAGAAGCUGCAGCGUGAGGCCAUCGGGGAGGGAAGGGUCUCGACCAAACAUGCAUCUGCUGGUGUUAGGUGGAGAGAGGAGGUAGUUUAUGGGAGAAAAUUGCCCUUGGGAUCCCACGGGAAACCUGGUCCUGAGGCAGCUAUGCAGCAUGUGGUUUUCAGGAAAUCGCCCAGGGCCAAUAGCUGGCAGGUGCCGACUGAUGUGAGUGGCCGGGCAAGUGGCUGUCACCGUGCAGCCACAUCCUGGCAGCAGCCAGCCAUAUAAAUGGAGAGAUUAUCUCAGCCGCUGCAGAACAUUCGAGCUCUUUGUGGUGGAAAGAUGCCUGAUCUACCAUGAACAGCCGAGCACAGUUUUCUGCUCCUGUGGAGAGAACGUUCCUAAUUGGACCCUUGAGAUGGGUUGGACUACAACUCCUAGCAUCCCCUGCCAGCCAGGGGAUGCUGAGGGCCACAAGUCAGGGAAAAGUGCAGUGUCCCUGCUUAUCCCAGAAAAGACACAUCCAGGAAUAAACAGCUUUUUUGGCUGUAUAUUAAUGAAUGGCAUUCAACCCCAGUGCCCAAACUACGCAGGGAAUUGACCUUAACAUUCCUGAUCAUUGCAAGGAUCACUCUCAAAUGGCCUCAAAUCUGUCUGCUGAAAAUUAAGAUGGAUGGGCUCUUAAAGCUGUGUUGCAUUCUUGUGGUUGAGUCCUUUUUAUAUGCUAAACAAAUCACUAAAUGUGAUAUACUCUAUGAAACAGACCUAGUUUUAGCUUCAAGCUGUACCGUAGCAUUUAUUUUGGAUAUUGCCUUUAGAGAAACUUGCAUGUGAAAAUGAGUUCUAUAAUGAUAUUCUGAAGGUACACUAUUGAUUCGAUCAAGUCCCUUUAGGAAAUGCCAUGUUUUGCUGUUUUUCAUCUCUGAAUUUCACAAUAACAAAUAUAACACAAUAAAACAAAUGUCUUUAUUAA